AUGCCGUGGGGACCUCCAGGGCCGGGUAGAGGUUCCAUGCCGGGUGGUUUCCCAGGCAAUGGUCCUCCUGGUCCUCCUGGUCCCGGUCCCUGGGGAGGGUUGCCCGGGGCAUGGCCAUUCACAGCAGUACCGCCAGCGCCAGCAGCAGGGAACAGAAGCCCUAGCAUCGGCGGCGGCGGUGGUGCGGUUUCCGCCCCAUCCACGCCGACGCCGCCCUCGUCCCAGGCGCUCUUCAAGGCGGUGGAGGACAUGGAGAAGGACAUCGCCAGGAGGGUGGAGGAGCUAGACAAAGUGAGAACCGAGAUGCUGGAUAGCAAUCCUGGAAGAGGACGCUGCGGCGGCGGUCGAGGCUGGGGCCGAGGCCGUGGCGGUGGAUGCGGCGGAAGAGGCGGCGAUGACAAUACGCAGCGCCUAGAGGAGGAGAUUGACGAGUUGUCGAGGAAUAUCGAGAAGCUCAAGGUCGAGGCGGACGCGGAGUUUGCGCGGGAGUUGGCGGCGGAGGAUCAGAAGUCUGGGGUGUGGUAG